UCUUCCCCCCCCCCCCCCCAUCUUGUGGAGUCCCUGACUGGUACAAAUGCUUAAAGCACUUGGCUGCUAACCGACAGGUUGGGGUUUGAGUCCACACAGAGGUGCCUUGGACAAAAGGCCUGGUAAUCUACUUUGAAAAAUCAGCCAUCGAAAACCUCUUGGAGCCCAGGUCUACUCUGACACACAUGGGGUAGCCAUGAGUCAGAAUAGACUCAAUGGCAAUUGGUUUGGUUUUUGUUUUGUUUUUUUUUUUCCCCAUCCAUUCCUUUGAUUGUUUUUCAAGAACAGCACAGUAGAGAUGAGGAAGUCAGGGGUACUCGGAGUUAUUGGGCAACAAUGAGCAAACUAAGCUCCUUUGAGCAAUCAUGCCGGAUGCUGGGAUCACGUACUUUUUACAGACAUGGGGAUGUUUCAGUCAAAUGGCCUCCGCCGUAAUCUUUGCUGGCCACUUGGGAAGGGGCUGGCGGACAGCAUGUAGGUGAGGAUGCUCUGACUAUGGGGCGGCUUUGACCAGGAGGCCUCACUCUGUGGAAGGCAAGUUCACCUGCCCUUGCAGUUCUCCACUGAUCCACGUGCACCACCCCUUCCCUGCGUUCAUUCGUAGGAAUUGGAAGUUACAGUAUCAGUAAUGGCCAUGUGUAUUGUUCUUAACAGAAGUUACUGUGUUUGUCAAAAGACUGAGAAGAAAGACAUACCUUUCCAACAUGGCAAAGGUAGGUGUCAGCCAACCAGACCGCAGGGAACAAAGCCAUUUCCUGAAGUGAAAACUAAGAGCUGCAGGUAUCUCCUAAGAGCAGGUGGUAGCACCCUUAGGGAGGGGCUCCCACGCAUGUGACAGCAGGUGUCAGGACCUCGUUGGCACUCGCUGGGAAGGCCUUGAGGGCCGACCCGCCCUGAGCUAAAGACUCACCUCUCUCCUCCACUCAACAGAGAGGCUCCCAUCUUCACAUCUCCCUCUGGGUAUAGGAGAAAGCAGGGCAAACAGGUAGUUUUAAAGCUGCCAGUCGGAGGCCCCACAGAGGUGCCCUCACGGGGCUGGCAGGGGUCAGAGGUGAAAGGCCAUCAUAGCAGAGCCUAGGUCAGACAGGCCCCGUUACACUGCACAAGGUCCUGUUGACCCUGUGUGUUCAGGCAGCCGUGUUCCUCAGCCCCAAUCUUUCCACUCUGAGUCAUUUCGUAGCUUCAGUUUUAAAGGAAGGUAGAGGAGGAUUGAAAAAGGAUUCUAAGAUACUGGCACGUGGACACCAGGAGUCUGCUCUGAAAUCCUAUGGGCACCAGGGCAGGACAGAGAGAGGGGACUGUCACUCGGCUACGAAUCAGUCUCAGCGGAGGGGGACUCACCCGGGCCUGUGUUCACCUGUCUCCACCUUCCCAGCACAGGACUCUCCCCAGACUGGCAUUCCACUGGGACUGUCACACCGCCCUGCACGCUCAGGGCCCAGGCCCAAUCUCCAGUUCUUACACGUUUGUGACUCGGUCAGCCCUGGCACUCACCGGGCAGCAAGAUCCUCAUCUCAACACAACCGAAGUGCCACACUGCCUGUUGUUUGGGAAAGCUUACUUAACACUCCACGUGUCCUCAGCUUCCGCAUCUGUAAAAUGGGGGGGAUAACAGCGCCUGGAGGCCCUGGGUGGUGCUCGGCUGCUAACUGAAAGGUUGGAGGCUCCAGUUUACCCAGAGGCAGCUCGGAAGAAAGGCCUGGCCAUCUACUUCUGAAAAAUCAGUCACUGAAAACCCUGUGGAGCACAGUUCUAUCCUGACACACGUGGGGUUGCGAUGAGUCAGAAUCAACCCCACAGCUAUGGGUAGGCAUAAUGCCUACGCAUGGGGCUGCUGUGAGGAUGACCAAGUGCUCCUACUAUGCCCCCAAAAACCAUAAGGGACUAGCUUAUCCCCAUUUAACAGCUGAGGAUGUCAGCUCACAGAGGCUAAGUUCACGGUCCAAAGUUCCCAGUAGGAAAGGACAGAGACAGCUCCCGAAUCCCACAGGGAUCAGUCAACUCAGUUGUUCCUUCGGGGCCCCAGUCUUCCUUGCAGGCGACCCAUCACUCAUGGUUUUCCUCUCUUGAGUGAUUUAGUCUUGUUGGGUGGGGUGCAGAGAAAUUAAAACAUGGAGAGGGGGAGCCGCAGCAUCCCGAUAGCCCCAAAGACACCUGACCAGGGGCCUUCUGAUGACCAUUUUCAGAAAGACAAAUUCUAGAAUGGGUGACGUUUGGACAUUUCACUUGUCACAUAGGAUUCCAUUGUCAUGGGUAAUACCCAGAUUCACUUUUCUUUCUCCUUAAACAAGAACUCUUGGUAAUUCGGGGAGGGGGUUCAGCAAAGGUAAAAUGAAGAGCAGUCUCGUGCUUUUCCAUCACCUUUAGACUAUGAGAUCGGUGCUGAGAAAUAACAGGAGAGUCAACAUUUUGAAGUCGGAUCUACGUGCCAUCAUCAGCCAAGGCACUUUGGGUAUUUCUGAGAAAGCCCUGCCGACUAGCUCCGUGGACGUGGAUGAACUACAGAACAACACAGAGAUGAAAUGUUUAAGCAGUUUGAUUUCUUUGCUGGGAACAUCAGCAGAUCUCAGUGUAUUCCUAAAUUGUCUGUCUUCGAAUCUCCAAGUGUUUGUCUUCCAGGCAAGCGGAAGCAAAGAGGAGUUUAUCAAAUUGGCUGCCAGCUUCCAGCUAAGAUGGAACUUCCUUCUCACUGCCGUGAGCAAAGCUAUGACCCUCUGCCACAGGGACAGUUUCGGCUCCUGGCAUCUGUUUCACUUGCUGCUUUUGGAAUAUGUGAUUCACGUGCUUCAGUCAAGUGUAGAGGAGGACGUGGAGAAUCUCGACGAAGUGCUGUCAGAUGACCAGUCUCUCAUCCAGCCACACCAGGCGCUUUUCUACCCUCCAGAUUCUUCACCAACUCAGGAGUGUGAAAGCCCACGUGGGGAACCGCCCCAGCUGAUGCUGAAACACACGAGCCAGAGCUGGUGUGCCGCAGGCUUGAGCAGCAUGACACUCAGGGUCCUGGGCUUCCUUGUGGACACUGCCACGGGCAAUCAGCUCAUCCAGGUACUGUUGGAAGACAGGGAAACCGAAAACACCGUAAGACUCAGCCUUCCCGUGGGGCAAGAAGCCCUCAUAACCCUCAGAGAUGGACAAAAAUUUGUGAUGCACGUGUCAGAUGUACCCCAAAGCUCUGAACAUAUUUAUUUCAGGGAAAGUAAUGCUAAUAUGUAAGAUUAUUAUUUCAAUAGGGCAUGAGACAACUGAUAGAUUUUGAUUCUUAAAAAUAUGUUAAAUGCUAAAACUUUCGUAUUGGUGUGGGAGAAGACUUUAUGUACAUAAUAGAUGUCGUGUUGUCUAGUUCAUGUUUAGAUGUAGUUCAAGGAGUUGGUUUUGAUCACACACAUAAACUGGUUUGGAGAAUAAUUUUUGCCUCUGUUGAUUUUCUUUGGGGAUUUUCCAAGUAUUUCUACUUUGGGACUUAAGAAAACGUUAAGAAAUCUUGCUCUGGGAGUAAAGAAAUGGUUAGGUCUCCAGAGAAAACUAGCAAAGUUUGAAAAAUACAGACCAGUCCAAGCAUUAAAAUACCAGUGGUAGAUUUUCCUCCCCUUCGGUAGUGCCGCAAUCAAAGUAGAACUUGUAGAAAGAGCCCCUCAGGCAGUCAGGGACGGGAAGAACUCGG